AUGGACGUUGACCAAGCCACAAAUGUAGAAAACCUAUCACCACAAAUUAUUAGAAGGGUUGCAAAAGAACUAAACGAUUUGGUUAAUCAGCCUCCUGAGGGAAUAAAAGUAACAAUAAAUGAAGAAGAUGUGACUGAUAUUCAAGCAUACAUAGAAGGUCCUGCUGGCACACCCUAUGCUGGAGGAGUUUUUAAAGUUAAGUUAGCAUUAGGAAAAGAUUUUCCACAAACCCCUCCGAAAGCAUUUUUUUUCACAAAAAUAUUUCAUCCGAAUGUUGCAAAAAAUGGAGAAAUAUGCGUCAAUACUCUUAAAAAAGAUUGGAAACCAGAUUUAGGAAUUAAACAUAUAUUAUUAACUGUUAAAUGUUUACUUAUAUUUCCUAAUCCAGAAUCUGCAUUAAAUGAAGAAGCGGGAAAACUAUUACUCGAACAUUACAAUGACUAUGCACAGAGAGCGAAAAUGAUGACUGAAAUUCAUGCAUUGGUAAAUUAUUAUAAUAAAAUAAUACAAAUUCAAAAGUUUUAUUUACUUUUGUAUAAAAUAAAUAAAUACAUGAUUGUGUUUUUUUUUUUUUUUUUUUUCAGGCACCAAAACUCAUUAAAGCAGGUGUUGAAGCGACAUCUUGUUCUACAAGCGAAGGCCCAUCAGCGAAAAAACAUGCAGGAGACAAAAAACAAGUAA